CAUAGACCCGCGCAACCCGGCUGCCGAUUUCGUCCCUCGUCUCUCUCAUCCAGGAGCAAGAGUGCGUGGGCUUCCCUCCUCGUUGUCCCCCUCCAGUCGUCGCCAUGAAUGCCACGGAUGCCCCGACGCCGUCGGCCCUCAGCCCCGCCCAGGUGCACUACCUGUCUACGAACCAACCGUUCUACUACAGCCCACAGGCCGACCUCUUCGACUGGUGCCCUGACACCCUGGUCGCCCUCGCAGCGCCCGUCAUUGCGUACUGGGUCUCCUCCAUCUUUUUCCAUAUCCUCGACAUCUCUGCAUGGAAAUGGCUAGACAAGUACCGUAUCCACGAGUCCGCCGAGGUCAAGUCCCGCAACCUCGUUACGCGCGCGGAGGUCAUCCGUGCUGUGAUCCUCCAGCAGAUUGUGCAAACUUUGAUUGGGUAUUGGUAUAUGGAGGAGGAGCCGUCGGGCGCACUCGUAGACCACCUCGGUAACAUGCUACGCCUGGAGCCCGCCCUCACCCGCACCCUCAUCUGGACGCUGGGCGAGAAGCUCGGCGCGCGUGUCCUCGACCGCGACGGUGCACAGCUACUCUACGCUGUAUACUGGUGGGCCAUCCCCGUUGCCAGGUUCUUCUUCGGGAUGUUCAUUAUCGACACAUGGCAGUACUUCCUCCACCGCGCGAUGCACGUGAACCGCUGGCUCUACAAGCAGUUCCACUCCGUGCACCACCGUCUCUACGUCCCGUAUGCGUUCGGUGCACUGUACAACCACCCGCUCGAGGGUCUCGUGCUCGACACAAUUGGCACUGCCGUUGCGGAGCUCCUAGCUGGCAUGUCAACACGCGAGGCCAUGCUCCUCUUCCUCAUCUCGAGCUUGAAGACGGUGGACGACCACUGCGGUUACAGGCUGCCAUUCGACCCGCUGCAGCUGCUCACGAGCAACAACGCCGACUAUCACGACAUUCAUCAUCAGGUCAUCGGAAUCAAGUCGAACUUCGCGCAGCCGUUCUUCGUUCACUGGGACUACAUCCUUGGCACGAGGAUGACCCGGAAAGACAUCGAGCAUCGUCGCCAGAAACAAAAGAAAGACUUGUAGGCGCGCCAUGCCGCGCUGUCGCGACUUCUUGGUUCAUGACUGUAGUACUAGUAAUGAUUAGUUUGUACGUGUAUCCCAGUCUAGUAUACGUUCCCGUUCUAUACCUUUCGCACAUAGCUAGCCCGUCACGAGCUGACCAUAUUGUGUUGUGAAUAUCCACCUCACUGCAUUUCUAGAGACAUCACCGCGUUGACAAGUUUUCAUGUUUCCUUACGAUAGUUCAAUAUGACUGUUGUUGGUAUCCGGAUAACGAAUAUCUGA